AUGAAGGCAGAAGGUCGAGAAAAGGGCGAGGGUGAAACGGAGGAGCAGGAGAAGGUACGUAUCAGGCCAGAGCCUAGUCACAGCGGAAGCCAGAACCAGAACCAGAACCAAUGUCAAAGAGCUGAGUGGGAUGACUUCAUCAACCUCUCGAUCGACCCCGCCUUGCGCCUAGCUCGACAGGCGAACAGGAUCAAGCAAAACAACAGCAGACGCAGGUUCAACUCAACCACUGUUGUUGCCCGGCCAGCCGGCAUCGUUGGGGAUGAAAACGACUCUCAAACAGAAGCCGACGAAGGAAAACGUCCCACAGCCUGGACGGAAGACGGUGUGCUAGUACGGACCAAGUGCCUGCCGGGGGAUGAUGGAUUUGUGGCAUGGGCAGGAAAGGUGAACGCACGUCAAAACACCGAGUCCGACGGCUAUUGGAGCGACAAGGGAGGCACCCUGGGAAGGGGGGCAACGACAGCAAGCUGGCAAAGCUGGGUCGAGUCGUUUGUCUGGCUGUCGGCAGCGGCCAAGUCACCAUCCCCCACUGGCCCACGUUGUUGUUCCUUGACAACCCUUCGGAAGCUCGUGGAAUCUUGCGUCCCUUGGGAGCGGGGACAGCAGCUUGGACGGACGAGUGGAUGGUACAGCAGCGGCGGCGGCGGCGGCGGACCGGCGGUGGACAAGUGA